AUGGCAAACGCUGUAGAACAGAGUCCAACCACUGACGCACAAAAGAACGUGCCUUCUACUUCAAACCCUGAUCGGGUGCGAAAGCCUCGAAAGCUCCAGCGACGAGGUGGUCCACCGGAAGCAUCAAAACCGUUGGAUCCUCCCCCAGAAUCUGAAAAACCGCCAGCAGAAGCAGAUGACGCGGGUGAAGCGGCAGCAGCAGAAGUACCAGAAGCAACUGAAACUAUGGAUCCGUCUCCAGAUACGGAAGAAACACAACUCGACCGGGAGACUCAAUCGGCAUCUUGGAGCGAAGGAGAGCUGCAGCCGCAACUGCAACGCCAGCGAUCCGUUGUAUCAGUGACAGAGCGUAUAUCCUCUCCCUCAUCAUCGUCCCCUGCCAGUGCAGACGCAUUUUAUCGACAGGCCCGUCGACGCGGCCAGCGAGGAGAUAUGAGACGCCAGCAACGUGAGCAGCAACAGGCGCUGGCAUUGCCCGCCUUGGGGAAUGUCGGGGACGUACCAGGGAACCUCACCCAAGGCGUUGGCGACUUGGCCCAGAACACCGCCGGCAGAGCUGUCGGUACGCUCGGCAACACAGCAGGAAAGGCCCUUGGGCGAAGCAUUAUGGGUGGUAGAAAUGACACUCAACUUCAGCAGCAGGGGCAACAGCAGACUGAGAAGAAAAAGGACGAACAGCUUCGCCUGCGUCUAGACUUGAAUUUGGACGUUGAGGUACAGCUCAAGGCUAAGAUCCACGGAGAUCUUACGCUCCAGCUUCUGAAUUGA